CUGAAGAUGGGCCAGAACCAGAGGGCUAUCCAAAUGUUCACCAUUGCCCUGAGGAGUGACCCUACCUACAUCAGGGCCUACAUCUGUCGUGCCCAAGCAUAUCACAGGGCAAACGAGCUCCAGAGGGCCCUGAGGGAUCUGACCAGUGCAAUUCACAUGAAGCCAGACAUGCAGUAUGUUUACAUCAUGAGGGGGCAGUACUUGUGUGAUAUGAAGCACUUUGGACUGGCCACAUUCUGUAUCCAGCAUGCAGCAGAGAUGAACAAAGCCCUUGGAUCAUCUCUGAUCCAGCAGGCCGCUGUUCAGUCUUUCCUUGGGAAUAAGAUGAAGGCCAUCACCUGCCUGGUGGCUGCCAAUGACACCUGCCCCUCUCUACUGUACCUCCUUCUUUUGGGGAAGACCCAGAUGAAGGCCCAGAAGUUCACGGAUGCAAUGAAUAGCUUCAGAAAAGCAUUGACCCUCCUGUGUCUGAACAAGGCCAGUUCAGUUGUGUCUGGACAGGCAUCCAGUGAUCCUCAGGCUUCAGAGAUUCUCUAUCUAACUGGGUUGUGCUAUGUCGCCCAGGCUCAGCUGAUGCAGCAGGAUAAGGAUCUUUUUCUCCUGGCUCUGGAUGCCUUCAACAGUGCACUGAAGCUUAACCACAAUUAUGCGGAUGCUUACCACCAAUGUGGCAUCUGUCGCAUGCACCUACAACAGCCCAAGAGCCUUCAGGAUUUCAACCAUGCCCUCUCUCUUCAGCCCGCCCAUUUCCAGGCCUAUCUUAGCAGGGCAGCCCACUUCGAAGCUGAAGGGCGCUACGCUAAGGCCAUUCUCAACUGCAACGAAGCCAUUAAGAUCCAGCCAUACAGUGUGAGAGCCUACCUGUACAGAGGGGUGUUCAAAUUCCGCAUGAAGGGGUUCAAAGGUGGCGUGCAAGACCUGACCAUGGUGAUCAACAUUGACCGCACUUGCUCCUUUGCAUUUUACAACCGUGGAGUGUGCUAUCAGCAGCUGAAGGAAUAUGAACUGGCCCUGAGGGACUACAGUACAGUCCUCCUUCUUGCUAGCAGAAAGGAGAUUGCUCUAAAAGUACUGCUCAAUCGUGGACUUCUGUACUUGGAACUGAAUGACUAUGACAAUGCCCUGCAGGAUUUCAAAGCUGCCUCUGGAAAAAGCCCAGGAGACGCAACCAUCUUUCAUGCCUUGGGUGUCCUUCAUCACAGGCUGGGCCAGCUGCAGGAGUCGACUGAGGCCUACACUCAGGCUCUGCGACUGAAGCCCUUCUUCCUGGAUGCCUACCUGGGGAGAGGUUGUGCUUUCAUGAACUACGGUCACGCCCAGGCCUACAAGCAAGCCCAGAGGGACUUCCUGUCUGCCCUCCACCUCAACCCCCUCUGCUCGUCAGCUCGCAUCAACUUAGGCUAUAACUUCCAGGUUUUGGGGUCCUUCCAGAAAGCGUGGAAUCAGUUCACUGUGGCAGUGGACAUCCAGCCAGAGUCCUGGGUAGCAUUGGAUGGACGAGCCGUCAUCAGCCUGCAAAUGGGGCACACGUACGCAGCUUUCCAGGAUAUGAGCAACGCACUGAGGCAAAAUCCUACUUCACAUCAACUCUAUACCAACCGUGGAGUCGUGAAUGAAAUAAUGGGAGACAACGUCAACGCAAUGAAAGAUUACCAGAAGGCCAUCUCCCUGAACCCCAAAUUUUCCCUGGCUUAUUUUAAUGCUGCAAACCUUUAUUUUCACAACAGGCAGUUCUCAAAGGCCUGCAAGUUCUACAACCAAGCUUCUGAGCUGGACCCUGGUGACGAGUCUGUGCUGCUGAACCGGGCCAUUACCCAUGCGCUGCUGCGUCAGGUUCCAGAGGCUCUUCGGGACUUCUCAGAUGUACUGAGGCUGAACCCCCUCUCCUCACACAUUUACUUCAACAGAGCCAACCUGUACUGCUCCCUAAAGAAACAUCACUCUGCAGAGAGAGAGCUCACAGAAGCUCUCCUUUUUCAGCCAAAUGAUGCCCUACUGUACAAGCUCCGUGCAGAUGUCCGUGGUCACCUGGGCUUGACAGAGCUGGCAAUUACAGACUACAAGAUGGCACUGCAACUGAAAGAGGCCCAAGGAAGCUAAGGGUCUCUCAUUCCUGCUAUGGCCUUUCUGCCAGGGGCCCCAUGACAGACAGGAGUCUGAUAUAUAUGGACAAAACAUCAUCCAUAUUAUCCAUCCGUCUUGUUGUCCAUUAAUUUUGGAUAUAUGUAAAGGGAUUUUCUGGAAUUUUAUAUAUUUUAAAUUAGCCUAGACAGUCUGUGCAUGAUACAAAAUUACUUGAUGCCUCCAGAGGUAAGAAAUCAUGUUUAAUCAUCUUCUCAGUUGGAACUUUACUAUGGUAAACAACUAUGGAGGAGGGGACACCUGUGCCGUUUCUUGUGUGGACUGAGUUUUAGUUUUUCUGAUAGAGGUCCACAAUUCACCGCUAGGUUCUGGAAAGCAUUCUGCACUCUGUUAGGCACAUCUGUUAGCUUGUCAUCCGGUUUCCACCCUCAGACUAAUGGGGCCAAUCAGUGCAUUGAAACUGUUUUGAGAUGUCUCUGUUCCCAUAACCCAUCUUCCUGGAGUGCAUAGCUACCUUGCGCAGAAUAUGCCAUCAACAGCCACACCUCCUCUUCUUCCAAGAUGUCACCACUAGAGUGUUGUCUGGGGUACCAACCACCAUUAUUCCCCAGUCAGGAAGAGAAGGUGGCAGUUCCAUCUGCCAGAGACUUCAUUCGGAGGUGCAAACGCAUGUGGAAAGCUACCCGCCUCAACCUGGUCAAAGCUUCAGCGCACAUUAUUACAUUACAUUAAUGGCAUUUGGCAGACGCUCUUAUCCAGAGCGACGUACAACAAAGUGCAUACCCAUAACCAGGGAUAAGUGUGCUGAAAGACCCUAGAGGGAAGUACAAUUUCAACUGCUACCUGCACAACAAAGAUAAGGACCAGGGCCCAUUUGAUUAGAUUAUUAUUAUUAUUAUUAUUAUUAUUAUUUAUUUAUUUAUUAUUAUUUUUCUUCAAACCACAACACGCAAAUGUAUGAACAAACCCCUUAACCAACCAAACACUGCUUACCUAGCCAAACUAAAAAUACUGAUACACAGAAAGUAAAUCAAGGUUAAUAAAUUAUAAAUAAAUAAAUUAAGGUUCACAGGGAGGUAGGGGGGGAGGGGGAGAGGUGCUGCUUGAAGAGGUGCGUCUUCAGUUUGCACUUGAAGAUGGGAAGAGAUUCUACAGUUUUGACCUCAAUGGGGAGUUUGUUCCACCACCAUGGAGCCAGAACAGACAGUAGGUGUGAGCGUGAGGUGGAAGUUCGGAGAGGGGGAGGUGCCAAGCGGCCUGUGGAGGCUGAACAAAGAGGUCUGGCAGGGGUGUAGGGUCUGAUGAUUUUUUGUAGGUAAGCUGGGGAAGACAACAAAAUAAAGUUUGAAAAUGCAAUUAAAUUGUUCAGAGAUGUUCUUCUGCAUACCACUGUUGUAAUAUGUGGUUAUUUGCGUUAAUGUCACCUUUCUGUCAGCUUUGAUCAGUCUGGCCAUUCUCCUCUGAUGUCUGAAGCCGUUUCUUGUUGCGUUUUUCCACAUUCUGAUGGUUGAUGUGAACAUUAACUGAAGCUCCUGACCCAUAUCUACAUGAUUUUAUGCAAUGCAUUGCUGCCACACAAUUGGCUGAUUAGAAAAUUGCAUGAAUAACUAGGUGUAAUAAAGUAAAAAUGUUCCUAAUAAA